AUGUUUCUGGUACUGGUGGUGACGGAUGAGCUGAGACAGUUCCUGGUAAAGGCGAGGAGUGGGACAGGCCGCCUCAUCCAGGUGCUGAUCCGGAACGAGCAGCUGGUGCUGGGGGCGUACCGAGAACCGUCUCAGUCCUGGGAGAAAGAUUAUGACAACUUCCUGCUUCCUCUGCUGGACCCUCAGGAGCCCUGCUACAUUCUCUAUCGCCUCGACUCCCAGAAUGCACAGGGCUAUGAGUGGCUCUUCAUUUCGUGGUCACCUGACCAGUCUCCAGUCAGACAGAAGAUGCUGUAUGCUGCCACUCGUGCAACAGUGAAGAAAGAAUUUGGAGGAGGCCACGUCAAAGAUGAACUUUUUGGCAAUGUGGAGGAUGAUGUGAGUCUACAGGGUUACCUGCGGCAUGUGUCCUCCAGCUCAGGCCCUGCUCCUCUCACAGCUGCUGAACAAGAGCUGCAACGAAUCAAAAUCACUGAGGGCAUGGUUAAGCAGGUGAAAACUGAGAUCAAUGUGGAAACUAAGCAUCAGACUGUGCAGGGCCUGGCCUUUCCCCUACAGGCAGAGGCCAAGCGUGCUCUACAGCAGCUGAAGGAGAGACGCAUUAACUACAUCCAGCUGAGGUUGGACACAGAGAAGGAGACGAUUGAGCUGGUUCACACUCGGCCCACAGAGACACACGACCUGCCCUGCAGAGUCCCCACAGACACGCCCCGCUACCACUUCUUCCUCUACAAGCACGCCCAUGAGGGAGCCUACAUGGAGUCUGUGGUGUUUAUCUACUCGAUGCCGGGCUACAGCUGCAGUGUUAAGGAGAGGAUGCUGUAUUCCAGCUGUAAGAGUCGGCUGCUGGACGAGGUGGAGCGAGACUACCACAUAGAGGUGGUCAAAAAGUUGGAGAUAGACAGCGGUGAUGAGUUGACGGAGGAGUACCUGUAUGAUGAGGUUCAUCCUAAGCAGCAAGCUCACAAGCAAGCCUUUGCCAAACCCCGCGGCCCUGCAGGCAAGAGAGGAAACAAACGGCUCAUUAAAGGAGGAGGAGAAAACGGAGAGAAUAGCUAGAGAGAGAGAGAGAGAGAGAGAACCGACGCAGAUUGUUGUCUCUGUGAAUCUGGAGCUGUUUGCUGAAGCAGAACAGCCUGUCAGCUUGUGAGGAACAGGCUGGAACAGGCUGCAAUGUGGUUUCCUGUUGUUGUUGUUAUUCUUUGUGAUUGUGAUUUUUUUGAUUUGUACUUCUUUGGCUUGUGUUGAUCUUGUAUUGAAAUGUCUUUUUUUGUGGCAGACUUUUGUGCACACAUCAAUGAGGAAAAGAGAAAACUCAGGAAUUCAUUGUGUCUCUGUGAACUGUCUGUCCACAUACUGUCAUUUAUUCUGAGGGGGAGAUACUGAAGUUGACAAUCAAACACCCACACAUACGGUCACAAAUAAUUGAGGAUGGGUGACACCUACAGUUGGUGUCAAAUCGCUGGUGAACAGCCAAGGGUUUUGAUGUGUUUUGUGAUAUUUUCUUGAUGUUUUCUAUAAAAAAAGAGAAAAUUUGUUUAAAGUGAAGACAUAGAAAUACUCUCUCGUACAAACAUUACAUUUCUCUCUCUCUCUCAUACAUACAUACACACAAACUACACCCAUAUAACAGCCAAGUGAACAAAUCACAAUAUCAUUAGAUCAUUUGUGAGCUGACCAAUUGGUUAUAGAGUGGACACAGCAGCACUGAACAUGUUGCGCUCCUGUUGGCAGAUGGGCUUCUGAAUUCAGCAGUGCAUUAAGAGUGCAUGAGUAAGAUUACGGGCUGUUUUUAAUAUGUGCUACAUGGCUGACUGCACACUGCCUGAUUUGCUUUGCCAUACACUAGCAGUACAGGCCUAUUCAUGUGUGCACAUGCUCCAGCCAUUCUCCUGCUGACUUCAGACGCACUCAGUGUCUUGUGUCAAACAUCCUUUUGUGUGAAUAGCUGUUACUAAUAAUCAGAGAAUUCCAAAUAAAAUAUUUAUUUAUUA